UCGAGGCGGUGCUUUAUUGGACUAUACUAGAGGGAUAGUGCAGAGUCGGGCGUGGGAGCCAGUCAAUCUUUCCUUCCCUCUAAACAGUUGAAACAUUUUUUGCGGCCACACAGCUUGCUUCGCCGUCUUCAACAAGCAACAUUUUUAAAACGUGUAUUCAACCACCCUGCAAUCAAGGGAAUAUAAGGCUUUUCAGCAACAGCUCAACAGUUUUAAAGGACUGCUGGACAACUGUCGUCGCGAAAUAGAAGGCAGUUAGUGCAGACGCAGGCACCAUGUCCGCCCCCACAGACCCAGAGGUGAAGGAGCUGAACCCAGUCGACUUCAUCCAGCUUCAGCAGUACAUCGACUACUGCAGACUGAAGGUUAAAGAUGUGCUAAGGGAAUUUGAUGCAGAUGGCAGAUUGGCACAGCACAGACACGGAGAGUGCAUCAACAAGGAAGGUUUCAGACUAUUUCUGAAAACCUACCUGGAGGUCGACGACUUCCCUGCAGACCUCUGCCAGCGCCUCUUCUGCUCUUUCCAGAACUCUGAACCAGAACAGGAGGGCAGCACUAAAGAGGUCUUUCUCAAGGACGUUUCGUGUUACUUCUCUCUUUUGGAGGAUGGCCAGCCUCGAGACAAGCUGGAGUUUGCUUUCAAACUGUAUGACAGAGAUGGCAACGGAGUUCUUGACAGCUCCGAGGUGGAUCGCAUCAUUGCUCAGAUGAUGCAUGCUGCGGAUUACCUUGGCUGGGAUGUGUCAGAGCUGCAGCCGGUGCUGAAGGACAUGAUGACGGCCAUUGAUGCCGACAGCAGUGGAACAGUGUCUCUGGAGGAAUGGGUAGAAGGGGGGAUGAACAAUGUGCCUUUGCUCGUACUGCUAGGGUUGAAGAUGACCCAGAAGGAUGGCCAGCAUCUAUGGAGGAUGAAGCAUUUCAACAAGCCUGUCUACUGCAAUGUGUGUCAGAGCAUGUUGCUGGGACUGAUGAAACAGGGGCUCUGCUGUUCCUGCUGCAAAUACACUGUGCAUGGACGCUGUGCCAACAGAAACCCUGCUCCUUGCACCAGGACCUACGUCAAAUCGAAGAAAGAGACAGGGGUUCCAGCCCAUGACUGGGUCAGUGGGAAUUGUGACUCUGGGAAGUGUGACAAGUGCCAGAAGAAGAUCAAGAGCUAUCAGAGCUUGACAGGGAAGCACUGUGUCUGGUGCCAUGCCAUGCGCCAUGACGAAUGUGCAUCUCAGGAGCCGUCAGAAUGUAACUGUGGCCCACUGAGAGAUCACAUCCUCCCACCCUGGGCCAUUUACCCCAUUAUAAAGGAGAGACAAAACAGCCUGAAAAAUGACUGCUCAGGGUCAACUGAGGACAGUGACCACAACACCACUCCCGAUGGACAGGUGCUCCAGAUCAACCCUGUUCCAGACACUCACCCUCUUCUAGUGUUUGUGAAUCCUAAAAGUGGAGGCAAGCAAGGAGAAAGGGUCCUGCGUAAAUUUCAGUAUUUGCUGAAUCCACGGCAGGUAUACAACCUGUCAAAUGGUGGACCUGGACCAGGGCUAUCCUUCUUCAGAAAUCUCACAGAUUAUAGGAUAUUGGUUUGUGGAGGGGAUGGCACUGUCGGCUGGAUCCUUGAUGCAAUAGACAAAGCCAAUCUUCAUGUGCGCCCACCUGUGGCUGUGUUACCCCUGGGUACAGGAAAUGAUCUGGCACGUUGCCUUCGAUGGGGAGGAGGGUAUGAUGGUUCAGUUCUGAGUCGGAUCCUGAAGGAUAUCGAGGGGAGUUCCCUGGUGCUCAUGGAUCGCUGGAGCAUACAGGUGAUCACAGAGGACAAUCAGGAGAAAGGAGACCCCGUGCCUUAUGAGAUCAUCAACAAUUAUUUCUCCAUUGGAGUGGAUGCCUCCAUCGCCCACCGAUUCCACACCAUGAGGGAGAAACAUCCCCAGAAGUUCAACAGCAGAAUGAAGAACAAACUAUGGUAUUUUGAGUUUGCCACCUCAGAGACGAUCUCUGCGUCUUGCAAGAAAUUGAACGAGUGUGUCACAAUCGAGUGCAGUGGCACUCAAUUGAACCUUAGUGGACUGUCUAUGGAGGGGGUUGCUGUCCUCAACAUUCCCAGCAUGCAUGGUGGCUCCAAUCUGUGGGGCGAGGCAAAAAAGAGUGAGAGCAAGGAGUUUAUGAGCCAGGAGCUGCCUGAGGUGAUUGUUGAUCCCGAUGCCCUGAAAGUGAGCUCGCAAGAUCUCAGUGACAAGCGGAUGGAGGUUGUGGGCCUCGAGGGAGCCAUUGAGAUGGGCCGAAUAUACACUGGACUCAAGAGUGCUGUGAGACUAGCAAAAACAUCCCAGAUAACCAUUAGGACUAACAAAGCACUACCAAUGCAGAUUGAUGGUGAGCCUUGGAUGCAGCCACCUUGCACGAUUCACAUCACUCACAAGAAUCAAGCCAGUAUGCUGAUGGCUCCCCAGGCCAAAUCAUCUAGCUUCUUCACUUACAAGUAGAAUACUGCCUGCCUGCUCCAACAGUGACUUAUAUACUUGUAGACUUUAUAGUAUGCACUUGUUUUACAUUUAAAUAAGGAUUUAAACAGCCUCAUUUGUGAAUUACGAAUGUAUAUAAUAGUUAUGUGAGGCGUUGAGUAAUCAAGGUAUUUCCGAUGAAGGACUCACAAGCUGAAUUUACCAAGUUAUGUGGUAUACCUCUCAUAAGAAGCCUUUAUAGGAUGUAUUUUGUUUAAAGUGUGACCAAAACAGGUUGACCAAACUUUCUUAAAACUUGACACAUUGCUUGUUCUGCCUUAGUGCAAGGUAAUAUUAUCGAAAUCUUGCUUGAAAACUACUACUGUUGUAGUGUAAACUAUUAUAAUAACAAUAUGUUAAGAUAAAAUCUAUUUGAUGUGCCUUUGUCUUUUUGCUCUGCAAUAUUAAUCUUAUGUGUUCUAGAGGAACUAAUAGGAUAGAUGUAGAAGAGAUAAUAGAAAAUGUUGUUGUUUUAUUUUCUUAAAAACAGCUGUGGCACUCCAGAUCAGUCAUGCUCUUGCUGAUUUCCAACAUAGUUUAUGUUUAAACUACAUCCUGAUUACGAAGCAACUUUUAUUUGGAUAAUUGUCCAUAGUUUUACUAUAUUGUGGACAAAUGUAUUAAAAGAUUGUGCAAUUGUAGAUCAUUGAGAGAUAAUAGUUAUAAAUUGUUAUUUGACACAGUAUGACGUUCUUGAUGUGCUUGCUUCUAAAAUGACUCGUGCAUUUGAGAUGAUGUAACUAUCACGUGUGUGUACAGAGAGUAACUUGCAUCUUUGUUCUCAAAUUACCACACUGCUGUUUUAAUUAAAAGACUGAGUGAAAAA